GGGAGGAGGGAGCAGGGGGCUGAGCUGAUCCCACGUGUGACGCUUUCAUUCCCGGCUCAGUAAUAUUCUCAUAGCGGGGCUUUGCAUAUCUCCUGCCCGUAUCUGUGUGUGUCUGUCACUGUUACUGUAGUCCCAGCCUAUAGUUUGAAAUAGAUAUGGAAGGAGACGGGAGUCAAGCCACAUCCGGAAGCCUAAACGACUCACAACAUGACCCGGGUAAAAUGUUUAUCGGUGGCCUCAGCUGGCAAACCUCACCAGACAGCCUUAGAGACUAUUUUAGUAAAUUCGGAGAAAUAAGAGAAUGUAUGGUGAUGAGAGACCCCACGACAAAACGCUCAAGAGGAUUUGGGUUUGUUACGUUUACAGAUGCUGCCAGUGUAGAUAAAGUCUUAGCUCAACAACACCACGAAUUAGACUCAAAGACGAUUGAUCCUAAGGUUGCCUUUCCACGUCGCGCCCAGCCUAAGAUGGUCACAAGAACAAAGAAAAUAUUUGUGGGUGGCUUGUCAGCCAAUACAGUAGUGGAAGAUGUGAAGCAGUAUUUUGAACAGUUCGGGAAGGUGGACGACGCCAUGCUUAUGUUUGAUAAGACUACUAACAGACAUAGAGGAUUUGGCUUCAUAACUUUCGAGAGUGAAGACAUCGUAGAGAAAGUCUGUGAAAUUCAUUUCCAUGAAAUCAAUAACAAAAUGGUAGAAUGUAAGAAGGCCCAGCCCAAAGAGGUGAUGUUCCCACCGGGAACACGAGGGAGAGCCAGGGGUCUGCCCUACACCAUGGAUGCCUUCAUGCUGGGGAUGGGCAUGCUGAGCUACCCUAACAUUGUGGCGACGUAUGGCCGCGGAUACACUGGAUUCGCACCCAGCUACAGCUACCAGUUCCCUGGCUUCCCAGCGACAGCGUACGGACCGGUGGCGGCGGCAGCGGUAGCAGCAGCGCGUGGCUCAGGUAGGGGGGCCCGUGGAAGAGGCGGCUACUUGGCGUACCCACAGAGCACAGGGCCAGGCCUCCCCGAUUAUGGGUUUUACUCUACGCCCAGUGACCAGAGGGGGGGGCCCUGCUCCUUUGCUGACUAUGGCUCCCUGGGGCCCCAAGCGGCUCAGAUGCUGCACAGUGAGCAUGCCACCUCCGCCUGCAACUCCCCCCUCCAGCACCUACACAGCCCGGAUCAAUUUAAGAACCCAGGCGCCAACCCGUCAAGGCCCGGAGGUUUCCCCGGUGCUAACAGUCCAGGGCCCGUGGCUGACCUGUACGGCAACAGCCAGGACUCCGCUGUGGGGAACUACAUCAGCGCUGCUAGCCCUCAGCCCGGCUCCGGGUUUGGCCCCAGCAUCACAGGCCCGUUGAUUGCGACAGCUUUUACAAAUGGAUACCAUUGAACAGGUGGCCGGUUGCCAUCUCAUCAGAGCAGAGUAUAUCUGGUGGCCCGGGAAAGACAGGACGGAGUUUCUAAUUGGCUUUGUGUGCAGGUGAUGCUAACCAACUUCGAGCACUACAGCGUCACCCCGGCAAAAAGAAGGAAGGUCUGAAACAUAUGAAGAAGAAAAGAAAAACGUUAGUCAUCUCAGAAAAAUAACAACUGCUGUACUAUAAUCCAAACCUCCUAUAACUUUACAACCUGGUUUGGUAUGAUGUGUCACGUCGAUUUCAUUCACCAACUCCCUCCCUCUGUUAGCGCUUUGUUUUCCUUAGUUUUUAGAGAGUCAUUUUAGUUUUAACCUUAAUUUUGUGUCAUUUAAUUUAAUCUUAUAGUAUAUUUGUGUAAAAUGGGUUUCGUUUGAAGUAACGGGGGUCAUAGCCAAGAGUAUCUGAAAGUCACAUCUUCAUGUCUGUAGCGUGAAGAGGGAAAGAUUGUUGAAAUCUUCUGCAUAAAAAAGAAGCUCAGUGUGGAAAGAGAAAAAAAUUACAUUUUAAAGAAUAUUUAAAGAGGGUAUCUAAGUAAUAAAUCUCAGUAGCUGUUUUAUUUCUUGUGAUGUCUCAUUGUUAACCAUAAUUACCUAUUUUUGGGCAAUACAAAGAGGACUCCAAUAUUUUUAUGGUCCUUUUUUAUAAGUGUUGUUUUUGUUGUUUAGAAAAUAUAUAUAUAUGCUAUAACAAAUUUCAUAUAACUACAUUGUGAAUUCAAACUUGAGAAAAAGAAAUGUAGCUGUACAUAUUAUUCCAGUCACUGCAUAUAACCAACUCAGUGAGAGAAUAGCAUAUUUUUGUGAUGGUGUGUCAAAAGAAACAUGUUAUAGCGUGUGAAUAGAAGAAAAAAGCUGUAAACAGUUACUAUUAUUAUACUUUUUUUUCUUUUCCUGCUGGAAGGCGGUAUAAAAGACCCCGGAGAGGAACAGAACACACUUGCUCUGUAAAUACCGAAUAAUUUUACAAGUGUCAUACCAGCAAAUUUACAAACGGCGACAUAAGUCAACACAGUUUUAAGAAAUAAAAAAAAAGAGUCUGAUUGGUAUCUCACUGCUCAGAUAUCAGUAUCAUUUCAAAGAGAGACACAGAAAAAAAAAAUCCAAAGCACACUGUACUUAGAUGUGAAGAUUAGAACUUGAACCAGGCAUUUGACAGUGCUCUGUGCAUCCUGACACUUUUAUACUCUGGAGAGGAACUUGUUCGUUGUAUGUAUCGUUUGUUUCAUCCUGCUUGUUCCUGAUUUAUUUUUAUUUUUUUGGAACACAAUACCUUUGGCUCUGUGCUUAGAUCCUCUAUGUAACGCUUGUUCUCUGAAUGGGUUCUUUUAUGAACGAAUUAGGAAAGUAAACAUUUUGAUACCAUACCUCAGCCUUUGUGAGUUCAAUCGUGGAAUCAUUGGCAGGUUUAAGUUAUUCUAGUGGCAAAACAAAACACUGAAAGGUAAUAAAGCGAGAAAUCGAUGCACUGUGAGUAGUAAGAGUACAGGCCAGUUUCCUAUUUGCACAUGUAUAUGUCGGCUUUUAGAAAGAAAACGGCCCUGUGCUUUGGGAUAGCAUGAAGGAUUUUUGGGCUUAAUGUGCUAGACUAACACUUCAGAGUUUUGAGGUGAGGUAACAGCUUGGGAAGUAGAUUUGUUGCAGUGGAUCUCUUUGUAUAUUACACCCAACUAAAGAUAUUUAUACAGGGUUAAAGAUGACACUGAAUUAUUCGCACUGCACCAGGUUUUACACAGUGUGUGUGCUUAAUGAUUUUACUGAUGACAAACAUUUAAUAAUUAUAUAAAUAUCUGGUUUUUCAAGUCAUUAAUGGAACGAAUGGUGUGAAAUACUUUACCUGCUGCGGGUGUAUAUUUGUCCUUUUUCAUUUUACCCAGUUCUUUGUCUUUUAUUUCAAAACAACCAGGUAAAGAAAUAUGCUGGAUACUUCUAAAGUUAACGAUACGGAGGUGUGAUCAAGUAAUAAUCUAACGGAGAAAAAAAAAAUCUUGUAAUGUUCAAAUGUAAAAGAAAAUAAGAAACUAUAAAAAAAAAGAAAAAGAAAGAUGCUUCUUUGCUGAUUUCAAGUUUAAUCAGAGUUUUAUUGAUACUUUGUGGUUUAUAUAUGAAUAAUUGUAAUAUACUAUUAAAAUGUACUGUGCAUCCAUUGCUUUCUCUCUUUCCAUUCCCCAUCCUUCAGAGAUCCUACUUCUUUUGUUGAUCAUUCAUGUAUUCAUUAGUGUGUAAAGAAACCACAGUUACCUUGUAAACAGAGUGCUGUCUUUGAUACCAGUGUAGUGGUCUUUGUUGUUCUCCCUUUGCUCUACCUCUCCUUUCGCUCAUAUUUAUCCCUCUCCCUAUUGCGCUCUUUUUCUAUCUCCUGUAAUUACAAAGUAGAUGUUAUAUAGGACUCAUUAAUAUAAUACUCGUAGUGAAUAGUGGAUUUAGGACCAGUCAAGAUAGACCUUUCUCUAAAUGAUCAUGUUAUUCUGAUAUUUGCAGACAAUUCUUUUUGAUAGAGGUUCAUUGUAAUUUUAUUCCCUGUACCUUUUUAUUUUUGCUUUUUGCCACUCUCACAUGGUUUCAGCUAACCAAAGCUCUCAUGGAUGAACAAUAGAGAAACAGUUGCUGUAAGAUGGAAUUGUACACGAGGCAUUAUUUGGAUCCCCACCCUUGAAUGUUUUAAAAGGGGUGUGCCAUACUACCUUAAAUGCUAACGCUCGAUAUGCAAAACUGUUGUUUUUUCAUUGUUUCUCAGAGGGACACAAGCUAUAAUCAAGAUUUUAUGUAAAGGAAAAAUCAUAUAUUUUUUAAAAGACACACUAAUGAUUCAUUAUAUCAGUCAUCAUGCUGUUUAAAUGACAUCUUCUACUGUUGGUACACUAACCCCUGGGCCCUGUCUCUUAAUCUUCUCAAAGACUUUAGUGAUAACUAAAUCAUUGUAAUCUUCAGAUUCUUGGAACUACAUUUAGUUUUAAUACAUUAUCAGUAAUCCAACAUAUUGAUAUUAUAGAGCAUUGCUAUAAAAAGGUCAAAUACAUACUGUGAAAGUCUCUAUCAAACAUGUAUUAUUCUGCAGCUGUAACAGGAUGAAUGUGUACCUCUCUUAAAGCGGAUUAAUAAAUGGUUGAAUACUUCAGAAGAUAAUAAAUUAAAACUUUAAUCUAUGUGCUGAAAAUGUCCUCCAAAUACUUAAAUGAUGUCCAGAAUUCACAGAUUUCCACAAGCAGUGUUUCUACAAAAGAAAUGUAGCUAUUAUAACACCUCACGCUGAGCGUUAUUAUUUCUAUUAGUAUAAUCUCAAUUAAAUAUAAUUUAGGUUUAAUGACCGUUUUCUUUUUCUAUUUCACCUUAUGGGGUCUUAAAAUUGAGUACUGUUUCAUGAAUUAAUAACAUUAGUGUUAAUUAAUUUUUCUCAACCAGUAGACUGUCAAAUUACAUGUAUAUGUGCAGUAAUGGCAGCUCUGUUAGUGGCGUUAUAAUUCCAAUGAAUCCCGCAAGUAUACAGGACAUUUUGCUAUUUUAAAAAGGCGAAAGAGAGAAAUUAUCCCCAAAAUAAUUGUUAAAAAGUCAAAUAAUAUCAUACUUUCAAAUAUAUAUCAAUAUCAGAUACAGUAUUGUAAAAGGUAAAAGUAAUAGGUCACAUUUGACAACACAGAAAAACAAAAUGCAAAAGAAUAUAUAACAUGUUCUGAGUAUUCAAUCUAGUUUUUCACCUCAUUUUCACUUUUAUAUUUCAAAAAUAUCUCAACAGUAGAAAAAGAAUUAACAUAUUAGAAUAUAUUAUUGAUUUGUUCUAGUUUAUAAGUUUUAUAACACAAGACAAAAGUAAGUAUUCAUCCUCUUCGCUUGCAGCAAUGUCCCUGUUUGAGUAUUUUAUCAAAUAAUAAACUCUAACUCAAACCACCUACGAGGAGCUCAUUAGGAGCUGCUGUUAUUCCAAUUGUGGUGCCAUUUCAUCUGAAGAAACAAAUAACAGUGCAACAAGUAUGAAAGAUAUUUUUGUUUUCUCACUGUUGCACCAAAGACAAUGAAACGGCUCAAAAAAAAGUGGCUGGUUUUCCCCUCACACAAUCUUCUAUUGUUUUGUGAUCCUGUAGCGUGGACUUUAAGGUAGCAUGGCUCUGUUGCUGUAAUUUCAUUUGAAUCUCAAACUGACAGCAGUUUACAGCUGAUGAAUGUUACACAUCUUAGUAGAAUAGCUUAUCCAUUUGGGGAGAGGGGAGGGGUCUUGGUUUAAGAAAAAAAAAAAAAGAAAUCAAAAAAGAAAAAAAGUCAACCUCGAAGGAGUUGACAUUUGUAGUGUACUACCGUAUCCAUUUAAACUUGAAUCUUGAGGCAAGUGCUAGGCAAUGGCCAAACUAUUGAUCCCAUCCGCCGUGGGGGAAAAGCCCACCCUGAAACCACACAGAACACUUUGGAGAUUUCUGUUGCCUCGGAUUUGAAUCUGUUUCAUGGAUAAGAAGCUGGGACAUCAGACGAGGACUGUUUCAGGCUCGGCUCUAUUUCCAAUUAAUUACUUUAAAGCCUCAUUGAACUUUCUUGAGCAUUUAGACCCAAAAAGGCUUAUUCACAGUGGUGCUGAUCGUUUUACACCAAACAGUGUGCCCUUAUCUCUGAGAUACUGUCACAGUGACUCUCUCUUGUUCCAAAACAUUACAAAAAUUCACAAACUUGAAGGUGACAGAAAGUUCUACUUUACUGUUGUGUUUCAGGGUGAAUUUCCCCUUCAGUUCAAACCAUUGCCAUCUCACGCUCAUCGCUAAAUAUAUACAAAAAGUUGCAAUAUAUAAGUGUAUAGAUGAGUAUAUAUUUGCAAUUCUGUCGCAUUUGACCUUGUCUGAAGAAUAUUAGACUGGAGACCUCAGCUGUAUACAGAAUACUCGUUGCACAGCUACACCCGGGCUCAUGUAGGCAUUAUUAGCUUCUGUUCACCGACACGAGAGUGCACCCGUGGCGUGUUGUCGAGUUUGGAGCAGACCGCAUGGCCUAGAGGGGAGCCUGGAAGCUCUUCAGACUGCAUGGACGGCAGUGUGAGGCUCUGCUGUGCUUCCAUGUUUGUGCAGGCUGAGCACAGAGCUCUCUUCACUGCUGUCUGCCCAUUCCUAACACUUGCCCCUUUUUUUAUGUUAACCGACUUUUUAUGGCGAGAGACAGACAGACUUGACUGACAUCUGAAAGCAUCUUUCAGGUUAUCAUAUGGCUUGCUUAAGCCCUGUUGUAAAAUAUACUUAAAAAAAAUAAUGAUAAUAAUAAUAAUGGAUGGGGGUCUCUCACAUAUCAAAUGUGGAAAGUCUAAUUUUAUAUUUGUAUUUUCAAAUAAUAAUAUUGACAAAAAAUGUCUGUGAAAGGUUUCCAUCCUCUACUGUGGUCCAGAAAUUGAUGUGUCUGUCUGGAAAAUAAAUAAAAUAAACUGAAUUGUUAUAUGA